ACUCACUUUCGUUAGCUUUCGUCAGUAAGCUCCCGAUUCCAACUCGCGUUCGUCUACCGACUCCCUUCGGCUUUCCUCUCGAAAUCAGCGUGGGAAAAAAUUGUGCUCUAGUCUGUGUGUAUUAAAUCCUCGUUUUCGGUUGUUCAGUGUUAACCCAGUUUUGUAAAGAAAUUGUUCCUAUCGAUUAAUGAUAAAUUAUCUGUACGAAAUGUUAGUCGCUCUGGGUCUGCCUAAUUUCCUCAAAAAUCUGUCCGACAGUUUCACGUGCCCUGCCAGGAAAAAUUUCGAUCGAGUCACGAUUCGCGAUCAGUGCAAAGAUCUUAUCCUAACCGAUGAGACCCUCCAGGAAAUCAUGUCAAGAUUGCGGUCAGCAAUCGAGACGGGAUUAUCAAAAGACCACCACGACUCAGCGAUAGUCAAAUGUUUCAUCACAUACAUCCAGGAUUUACCAAACGGAAAAGAAAAGGGGAAAUUCUUAGCCCUUGACCUGGGAGGCACAAACUUCAGAGUUCUCAUCAUUCAUCUGGAUGAAAACCACUUCGACAUGCAGAGUAAAAUUUAUGCUAUUCCUGAAAAAAUCAUGGUCGGCACUGGAGAACAGCUGUUUGAUCAUAUCGCACAGUGUUUAGCAGACUUCAUGAAAGAGCAGGAUGUUCACACAGAAAAGCUACCUCUGGGUUUCACUUUCAGCUUUCCCCUCCGCCAAGUUGGGCUCACUAAAGGAUUACUAGAACGAUGGACAAAGGGUUUCAAUUGCUCCGGUGUUGUCGGCCUGGAUGUUGUCCAACUUCUAAAAGAUGCACUUGCUCGCCGAAACGAUGUCCAAAUUGAAGUGUGCGCCAUUCUCAACGAUACCACGGGAACGCUUAUGUCUUGCGCCUGGAAGAAUCCCAACUGCAAAAUUGGAAUCAUUGUCGGAACGGGCAGUAACGCUUGUUAUGUGGAGAAAGUUGAAAAUGCAGAAUUAUUCGAUGGAGACAAAUCAAAACCGUACGUCAUUAUCAACACCGAGUGGGGAGCUUUUGGAGAUGAUGGAGCUCUGGACCUCAUUCUAACAGAGUACGACCGCACUAUCGAUAGCGAGUCCAUCAAUCCAGGAAAACAAUUGUUUGAAAAAAUGAUAAGUGGUAUGUACAUGGGUGAACUUGCAAGGUUAGCUCUAGUGAAAUUCACAAAAGAAAAACACAUGUUCCAUGGACAAGGAUCAGAACAACUCUUUACAAAAGGCAGUUUCCUCACAAAAUAUGUUUCAGAAAUCGAAAGUGACCCACCAGGAAGUUUCGACAACUGCCGGCAAAUUCUAGAAAAGUUAGGAUUAGGACAUGCCACUGAACAAGACUGUAUCAAUGUACGUUAUAUAUGUGAAUGUGUCUCUCGGCGAGCGGCCCACCUGGUUUCAGCAGGUGCUGCCACCCUCAUCAACAAGAUGGAAGUCAACUCCGUCACAGUCGGAGUUGAUGGAUCUGUUUAUCGGUUCCAUCCGCAUUUCCAUAGUUUAAUGAUAGAAAAAAUUGCUGCUCUUAUCGAUACCUCUAAGUAUAAGUUUGAUCUGAUGCUUUCUGAAGAUGGCAGUGGGCGUGGUGCUGCACUGGUAGCAGCCGUCGCCUGCAGAGAACGGUGAAACACAUCACAAAUGUAAGGAAAAGGAGCUGAUGCCUUUCCACCACGAACUUGUAAAGUAAGGCAGACUCAAAUUCUAGGUAUUUGCAUUCAACUUAAAUUUUAAUUCCUCAGUUUUGCCUGCUCAUUUUAUGGCCACGCUUGCCGAGCUCCACCUUCUUCGAGUCAAUACCAGGAUUUAACGGGACUAGUCUGAUAGUUAUGUAGAAGAAACUUGUUUUAAAGAUCAAUGAAGCCAAGCUUAUUGUUAUCUUGUCGAGAAGUAAUAAAAUUGAAGACUGUAAAUCUAUUUAUUUUUAUCAAUAUUGUUCAAAAUUUGUGUAGUUUUUAUUCAUUAAGUUGUUUGUUUGCAAAAUUUUAAUGGUACGUUAGACCUUUUCUCUGUGAUAAUUUUGAUUCAAACUCAGUUUUAAACUAAAUGAAAUGGUGGUUACUAACUGUAGAUUUAAUUAUUAGCUCUCAAUCAUUCUGUAACUUUUUCUUUUGAUUUGUUUAUGAUAUUUUUUCUUCCUUUAUCCUUUGAUUCCACGUCAAUAGUUGAUCUAAUCAAUGAAAAGUUUAGAUGAUUAUCUCCAUUUUAGCUCAACAAAAAAAGCACAUUUUCUGAAACUAGAUUAAUAACUUAAUUAGGUGGUAAUGAUGGAUCUCUCUCCCAAAUGAUGAAACUUGUGUAUCAGAAGUGUUCUGACCGGGUAGUAUUGCCAAUUUGCAAAGAAACAUCAUUCUAAUAUCUUUUUAAGAAUAAUUGUAAAGUUGGUUAAUUUUUACAAUACCGUCAAAACGGGUCUAAAAUAAACGAGAAACAAAAAAGUCCUUACCACCUACAGCACAUUCUCUUUUUUUAUUUCCUCUCCAAUUUUAUUUUAAUAUUACCAAACUUUCUUUUGUACUUAUCAAUAUGUUCUUAAUUAAAUCUCUUAAGAGUCUAAAAAGUAACCGAUGCUAUUCUUUAGUUUUAUUGUCUCUCCUAAAUCUUCUGAAACUGAUAAAUUUAUUCGUUUGAAUCAUAACUUUGAAUAUCUAAUCAGUUAGUUAUCAAAGGAACAGGUUAAAAGGCAGAGAAAUUUUUCUUCAAGAAAAGAUGAACAAUAUUGUUUUGUAAUUAUUAGCUGUCAGACUUUGAAUGUAAUUAAAGUGUAAUUAUUGUAAGAAUCCAUGAGCUCAAGCCGGGAAUGAAUGGCUGUAUAAUGAAGUGAAAAUUAAAUCAAUGUAUUUAAUGAUGUUUUGCAAAAUGGAAUGAAAAAAGGUCCUUGAUUUCAAAACCAAAAUUGUUUUAAUCCACAAAUUUAAUUUCAGAUAUUAAGUUUACUGUCACUGAUAAGAAGCAAGUUCAUCUCAAAGUAAUGUCGUAAAGUUCAGUGAGUUUAAAAAAGUUAUUUAUGAAAGCUUUGAUAGCUAUGUAUGAGCCUUGUAAAAAAGAAAGAGUUCCCUUUUCUCACUUGUAUUAUCUAUAAAACUAGAGUGGAAUGAACAUUAAUUUAAGAUGCAACUAAAUUCAUCAGAGUUUUAGAAAAUUCAACGUCUGCAAGGAUCUGAGUCCACUUCAAGUAUGCUUGAUAUCGUAUGAAAUCAAGGACCUAUUUUGCGAAAUGCCUUAUUUUUAUCGAUCAAUGUCUAAACUGAGCAGUUUAUUUAUUUUUUUUAUUUACAUAUUUAUUAAUUCAUAUCUUCGCCUGCUCUUUUUUAUUUAUUUAUCCAAGUUGACUUUUCCUUCUUAUUUCACAAUUUUGAUUACUUUUUUCUUUUAUCACGAAAUCAUUCAUCCUUUAUUCUCAUAUUUAUGUUCUCCUCCCUUCCAUAAUAUAUUCAUUUUGUUGUUUUUUGUUCUUUCCUUUUUCAUUCUGUUGUUACUGCAGUCAAAAAAAAUCUUAAUAGCAAUAAGGUGAACAUUAAUACUUUUGUUUUGUUUUUAUUUGAUUUUUUCAGUUAUUACAACAUUUUGAAUGCUCUGUAUUUUUUUGUCUUGUAAGUGUUUAAAAACAUUAUUUAAAAAAUUGGAAAUUCAUUCGUUAUACAUGUAUGAAGAGUCAAAAUGAUACCUGAAAAGGCUAAAGCAGGAAUGUCUGUCACUCAGUUGAAACUCUUACAAGACUUUUUUGUCAAACAAUUCAAACCUACAAGCACUUACCGUGCGAGAAUUUUCGUAAGUUUGUCCGUCAUUUCAACUUGCUAUUUUUGAGUAUGAACAACUCCAAAUGCAAAAUUAUUUUUUUACAUACUCUACAUAAACGCCAAGAAACUCAGUUAUGUAUCAAUCAUCAAAGUGCAUGCCUAAAAUUUUGUUUAAAAAAUUUCUUUUAAAUUUCAAAAUCGGUUCCCUCUUUUCAUGGGCAUGUUAUUAAAUACUGCAAUGUAUGAGCGUAAUUUGUCUCUUUCUAUGAUGUGUGUAUGUGAUUCCUUUAAACUGAGCUACGCUUUUCAGUGUUAUAUAUAAGAGAGCUGGUUUUUCAAGAAAAGAGGCUGUGAAGUUUGUUGCCGACACAAAGUGUCUAUCCAUUAUUGGUGUAUAAUAUAUUGCGAAAAGUAAUGUCGUGUGAAUACAAGUGACUUUCUAAUGUUGAAAACUUUUGGUUUAACACUAUUUUUUCAGAAUUUUACCUAGAAUGCUUCUAUCAGUGUAAUAAAUGCAGGAGGGGUAAGCUCAAUAAUCGACUUGAGGAAAAAACUUGAAAUAUCAGUUAAAUCCAAAAAGCUCCGUUCUAAGUACCUUACGGAUAGUAAAAAGAUCAUCUCUUAGCAUCUUAUUCCUUCUCUAGAUAAUGGAAAAUCUUUCUCGUAAAUUUUACUCCUAAUCUCGUUGUAAAUUCUUAUUUUUGUACUUGUCAAGGAAGCUCUAUUCCUACCACUUAACUUCUUAAAAGAUGCUAAUCUUGUCCAAUGGCCCAAAAGCAUCAAUAAUUUAACUGUGCACUGCACAGAAUGGAUCAGUUUUACAGUAUUUUUUUAUAAAUUUAUCAGAUCUUGCAUAAUUUCUUCUGGAAACUGACAUAUAUUUUACUGCAUAAUAAUCGUGUUACACGUUAAAUGCUGCAUAAUGAUUAUUAUGUCCAAAAUUUAUUAGUAACAAAUCUAUGGUGAAACUACAAAAACACGUUAUCGGAUUGUGCUGCUGCAGACUUCUUGUCAUAUUUUAUUUUUUACAUGAAAAACCACUGAGUAUCAUUACUUCAAAACAUUAGUGUUUUUUUUUCUCUGUGUGAUGAUAUUCUGUGAAAAUCUCAAGUCAUGAUAUUAGUUUGGUCUCUUUUUAAAAAAUAAAAUAGCAGAAAUAUUGAAACACCACAACCGACAUACGUAAUUAUGGAGUUUCACCCUUGAAAUAUAUAUUUAUAUCAAAGUGUUGUAUGUCUUUAAUAGAUAUCAGCAUUUUCCUAUCCUCAUAUGGAGUUACAAUAAAUAUUCAAGUUCAGCUUUAAUGAUACCUCAGAAUUCGUACGUUCAGAACUGAAGUUUACUUUGAAAUUGAAGAGUUUCAAAGAUGAAGGAGAGUAAUGUUCGCAGGAUUCAGUUUGCAACAAUAACUUUCAGCCUCACAAUUGUCCAAUUAUUUACGAUAUUUUUUCAACUAAAAUUUUGGCAGUGAAUACAUUGAUGCUUGUUGUAUGUUACCUAUUGUACUAUGAUUUUAAAGUUUUAAAUUCAUAUGGACAAGGUGCUGGUAGGACCUAUUUUUUCUUAAAUCAGAGAAUCACUUAAAAGAAUUUAUUUUUUGAACAAUUUAUUUGUAGUCUCAUUCUUUGCUAGGCACAGGAAAAAAUCAUUGAAAAGACAACUUCUUGGUUUCCAUUGUAAUCAUGUUAAGACUGAUUGCAAUUCAUUUUAGUUUUUGGACGAAGAAGUUUUUCUAUCUUAUAAUUUUCAAAUGUACUUAAAAAUCCUUCAAGAACAUAGUGCAACUAUUCAGGGACUGCGAUCAAGACGUUUCUCUCGGAAAUCCAAAAUUAGGAUAGCACAUCCGUUCCUUAAUGAGUACAUCCUCUUUUAAAACCUGUGUUAUAAAUUCCAGUGAAAUUCAUAAUUCAAAUUUAAACUUACGAAUUUCUCAUAGACUAAACAUUUUUGUAAUAUUAAUUUGUACCACAGAACCAUUCUAUUCUAUCUGGAAAAAAAAGGAAAACUGCAAAAGUUUAUUUCUGAAUUCAAAAUUUAUCCAUGCAAUAGUUCUAACUUUAUUUCCUGUGGCUAAUUUUAUUUAUUUCCCAGUUCUUUGUUUUUGUUGAGUUUUAUUUAUUAAUUUAUUCUAUUUAAUAUUGUGUCCAACACUUACUUAGUGAAACCAUUAAAUUAUUAUCACCCCUUCUGUUUUUUUCUUUUUUUUCCAUGUGAAGCGCAGCUUAGUUACGAUUGUUGUAAAUUUAAUUUACCGAUACUUUGUAAUUUUUCAAGUUGUAUUAUAAAUACUAGUUUCGCUUUAUUUCACCAAGUAAAAGAAGGAAAAACAAUCCAAGAAUGUAAAAGAAAAUCCUGUGGCUGUCAUUUGUUUGUAAAACAAAAUUGAUGUAUGUACCAGACCCUUUUUUGUAUUUUAUAUUUUAAAAGUAAUAGAAGAUUUACAUGUA